UUCCGCCACCCGCCGGGGACUCCCCGGGGCUGGCGCGCAGGGAGUUUCCCCCCGGAACCCGCGGAGUACAAGAAGGAGGCGCGGCGCCGCGCGUGCCACUGGCCCAGCAGCCCCGAGGCGGAGGCGCAGCGCUCCCACCAUGUCUCGCGGCCUCCAGCUCCUGUUCCUGCUCCUGAGCUGCGCCUGCAGCCUGGUGGCCUCCACGCAGGAGGUGAAGGUGCCUUGUUCCGAGACUGUGGAUCUGCCCUGCGCCGUCUCCUGGGACCCCCAGGUCGCCUAUGCCGUCUCUUGGGCCAAGGUCACGGAGAGUGGAGAGCAGAGACUGGAGCCCCCCCAGGAAGGCCUGCGCCUCAGUGGGCAACGCCAUCAUCAGAGCGGGCAAAAUGCUUCUUCUGAGACCUCUGGGAAAGAACCCUAUUCCCUAAAAAUCCAGAACACCACAGGCUGCAGCUCAGGCACGUACAGGUGCACUCUGCAGGAUAUGGGAGAGCAGAAAAACCUCAGCGGCACAGUGCUUCUGAAAGUGACAGGAUGUCCCAAGUUACCUGAAGAAUCCACUUUUAGGAAAUACAGAGCUGAGAUUGUGCUGCUUUUCUCUCUGGUCAUUUUCUACUUAACACUCAUCAUUUUCACUUGUAAGUUUGCACGGCUACAGAGUAUUUUCCCAGAUAUUUCUAAACCUGGUAUGGAGCAAGCUUUUCUUCCAGUCACCUCCCCAAGUAAACAUUUGGGGCCGGUGACUCUUCCCAAGAUAGAAACGGUGUGAACAGGAUUUUUGUUGUUUUUCCCCGGAAACCGAGGGCUCAGUGGUAUGCCUGAAUGCCACCCUCCACACGAGAAGAAUGAGCCCCACACUGAAGAUGGCAUCCUUCCUGCGAAGUCCUUCACUUGACUGCAAACACCUGAGAGUGAAUCUGCUCCCUUUCUACCAGCAGGGUCUGGAAAACCAUUCCAUGAUCACAUUGCAUGGGGCCAUCACUAACUUCUCAUGGCUACCGUCUUAGUGUUUUAUGCAGCUAUCUGGUCAACCUCGUGGACACUUUUUCAGUCAUAAAAGCUAUGGGAGAGGUAGUGGUAAAGGGUUUUUUUUGAGAAAUUUGAAUACCUAAAUAUGGCCUAAUGACAGACUCUUAAGGACAGCUGCCCUCUUCUACAUCUGGGAAACAUCACUUUGAUUUUUGCUGUGUUUUAGUGCAUCCACCCAGAUGUUUCACAUAUGGGAGAAACUGAUAGUCCAAGCUGUGAGACAGUGGGAAAUAUUUAGCAAAUAAUUUCCUGAUGUGAAUUCUGUGCUAUUACUAAAGGAGUAUUAUGUGUACAUAGAAAUAAAAGGUCAAUGAACUGUUCCCCAGCAGGGCCUUUUAUCUAGCAAAGACAUCCAUAAAAAAGCAAUAAAGAAGAAUGCCAUGUUUAUUUUUAUAUCUACAUAAACUUGUCAAAGAAGGAUUUGUGUUUCUCUUCUGUUGAAGCCUAUUUCUAGUUAGAGAGUAUUGCUAACUGACAAGCAACUUGAGUAUAGAGUGAGAAAUCAGAGAGAGGAACACAGGACAGAGCAUUGUAUUGUGUGACCUGCUGGAAAUGGUGGGCCAAUCAUGUCAUCUGGCUUUAAGCCACAGUUGUCCUCGCCUAGAUGUUAGAUCAUGGGCAAAUUCCUUGUGAUUUCCACUUUCUCAGUUGUAAACAAGAAAGCUGUUGUAUGGGUUCAUUGAAAGAAUGUAUGUGACAAUGAUUUGAAAAAAGCAUAGCACACCCUACAUCAUCAAAACUCCAUUGGGUCAUUAUCUCUGCUAUUGCAAUAGGGUUCUGGGGAUGAGAGACUACCUUUCAUAUCUCUCAUUUUCUAUCAUUUCAAAUAAAGAAGACUAUAAAAAGGACUUUUCCAUA